GGUUAAAGAAAAUCAAGAAGAUAUCGAUAAAGAAAUUCAAGAAGUUAAAGUAUUAAAAAAGAAAUUAAAGAAGCUUGAAGAAAUAAUUGACAAAAAGAAUAUAGAAAUGUUAGAAAGUAAUCGACAAAAAUAUGAGUUGGGAAAAGAGUUUGAAAAUGUGUUUGUUGAAAGAGAAAGGUUAAAAGUAAGAUUAGAAAAUUUAGAAGGGGAA